AGCGUCAACUGUACAUACAGGUCGGACCAGCUCAUGACACCUGGGCGUGAGAGAGCCAUGCGCGCCCGAGCUGCGGAGUUUUCCUCAUUUUAAAACGUGACUUAAACGGACAUAUCUGGAGGAUCCAUUUCGAUAGAAGCUCACAGGACUCGGAUAUAAUCUGAUGCUUCCUGCCAUCACAAUGGAAACUGAGGCCAGUCACAUGCUGGAGGCAGCAUUGGAGCAGAUGGAUGAUAUCAUUGCAGGUUCAAAGGCAGCAGCGAUGGACUUUCCCAACACUGUGUACGACCUGGGUUCUCCUGUCAGCGCCAGUCCGCUGCAGGUCAUCCAACUAGCUGAGGAGCUCAAACUUGCUCUGUAUAUUCAACUCAACCAGGAGGAGAGAGAUAACCUCAGAGCUCAGCUGCCAGAAGAAACAGCACAGGCUCUCAUCGACUGGCUGCGGACUGGAAGUGUGAGCAUCUGUUCUCCAGCCAACAAUGAAACCUUUCAGGAACGGCUACUUCGACUAGAAGGAGACAAGGAAUCUCUGGUGUUGCAGGUGAGCGUUUUGACAGACCAAGUGGAGGCGCAGGGAGAGAAAAUCAGAGACUUGGAAACCUCCUUGGAGGAGCACCGGCAGAAACUGGCCUCCACAGAGGAGAUGCUGCAACAGGAACUGAUGAGUAGGACUUCUCUGGAGACUCAGAAGCUGGAUCUGAUGGACGAAGUGUCCUACCUAAAACUUAAGCUGGUCACCAUGGAGGAGACGCAAACCAUCACAAGCCCUCAGGAGCCCACAGACACAAAGAACAACAAAGCCGAGUGUGUGGUAAAUUUCAUCAGUGAGCUCCAGGAGCAGAUGUGCAAGUUUCAGGAGGAGAUCAGCACUCGCAUCCAGGAGAAACGAGCCCUUGAGGAGAAGGAAGCCCAGCAGGGGCACCCAGGUGGCAGCUCAGCUCAGGGCUGCAAUCCUAAUGUUGAGUCAAACCUGAGCUCUGCUUCGCUGAAACACAGUGGAGAAAGACAGACUGUGCAUGGUUUGCUUCAAGAAGUUAAGCAGCUGACGAGCAAAGUGCAGGAGCUGGAGGGAGAAAAGAGCCAGUAUGAAAGGAAACUCAGGGCCACCAAGGCUGAAGUCUCAGAGCUGCAGCAUCUUUUGGCCUCUAAAGACACAGAGAUCAAGUGCUUGCAGACCCAACUGUUGGCCAGAGGCGGCAGCGCCAACACAAAUCCAGAGAGAGAUCAAGAAUACCAGAGGCUGAAAGUAGGGAUGGAGUCUUUGUUGGCUUCCAAUGAUGAAAAGGAUCGUCGUAUAGAAGAGCUGACUAUCCUUCUUGGCCAAUAUAGAAAAAUGAGGGAAGUUAUGGCACUGACACACGGAAGUAGCGAAGAGGAGCUCAGCGGCAGUUUGAAGCUAAAAGCUAUCACACACAAAGCUCAUUCUGAUAUGAUCAGAUCAGAGAUAUCAUCAAGAGGAUCUUCUCCACUCAUGCUGUCUUCAUCUCUUUUUCAGAGAGAACUGGAUUCAAGUUUCCAGAACUAUAUGGACACGUCAUUGGUGGCUACUGGUGAUACAAGUUUCUUAAAUGGAUCAUUGCAUCGACGCAGAUUACUCUCCAGCAGUCUUGAGGAGUUGCAAAGUGGAUAUUUUCAAAAGGCUGUAGAGAUCCAGCCAGUUGAAACUGAAUCAGACGUAGGGGCAGAGAGUCCCCAGAUGGAUCUGAGCAAGUACCAAACUCUGCCAGGAAAACUGAGUAAAAAGAAAGAACCCAAGGAUGAGCUGAACGGCACCAGAGGCAGAGACACAGAGUAUUUAUCUCCUGCCCACAGCAAAGACUACACCCUGAUUCACUGCAGGAGUGCCAGCGCUCCAGCUUUAGGAUCUCCAGGAAAACAUGACCUCUAUGAUGUUGACCAUUCAGAGAAACUGGAGGAAUGCAUGUUAUCAGAUCAGUCCCCGCUGUCCUCUGGAGUGGACUCAGGACAACAGUCACCUGUGUCACCUGAGAAAAGGAAGAACCACAGAGGCAUCAAGAAACUCUGGGGAAGGAUUCGUCGCAGUCAGUCAGGCAGUCCAGUUCAGGUUCACGAUCCGGAGCUGGGAGACUUCAAGAGGGGAGGCUUCAGAGCUACAGCUGGACCGAGACUGGCCCGUUCAGGGAAAACACGAGAUUUGAAGCUGCCUUUUUCUAAGUGGAGCACAGAGCAGGUUUGCGACUGGCUCGAGGAUAUUGGACUUGGUCAGUAUGGCCUUCUCGCUCACCACUGGGUCAGCAGCGGUCAGACUUUGCUGGUGGCCACUCAACACGACCUAGAGAAGGAGCUGUCAAUGAAGAAUCCACUCCACAGGAAGAAGCUCCAGCUGUCCUUGAAGAACAUCUCCAGCAAACAGCCAGAAAAAUCUGCAGAGCUCGAUUAUGUCUGGGUCACCCGUUGGCUUGAUGACAUUGGCCUUCCUCAAUACAAAGACCAGUUUAAUGAUGGGAGAGUAGAUGGCCAGAUGCUGCAGUACCUCACUGUGAAUGACCUGUUGUUCCUCAAAGUGACCAGCCAGCUGCAUCAUCUCAGCAUCAAGUGUGCUAUUCACGUUCUCCGUGUCAAUAGGUUUAACCCAAACUGCCUUAAACGCAGACCUGGAAAUGAGAGUGAGUUCAGUCCCAGCGAAGUGGUCCAGUGGUCCAACCACCGAGUCAUGGAGUGGCUGAGAUCUGUGGACCUGGCAGAGUAUGCUCCCAACCUGAGGGGCAGCGGUGUACACGGAGGGCUAAUAAUGUUGGAACCUCGGUUUAACUCCGAAACAAUGGCCAUGCUUCUGAACAUCUCUCCUCAAAAAACACUGCUGAGGCGCCACUUAAACACCAACUUCAAUAACCUAGUGGGAGUACAGGCUCAGCAGGAGAAGAGGGAGUACACCGAAGCAGCAGGAUAUUCCCCACUCAGCAUCACCGCUAAAGUCAAGCCAAAGAAGAUGGGCUUCUCUAACUUGACGAGCCUCAGGAGGAGACGACCGGAUGAGUCCACGGACUACGUCUGUCCCAUAGAGUCUUCCUCGCCUGAGUCGGGACAGUCUGUGGCCAACGGGGUGCAGAUGCGUCCAUACGCCGGCUUCAGGGGUCUGAGUCCCAUUCUGGACCGAGAGCCAGUCCGGGACCAGAUGGUGAAUGCAGAGAGAACCAUUUUACAAAUAGAAGCUUUGUCUGAAAGCAUCAGCAACCUCACAUACCUGCUGAGCCAGGACGAGCUGCGGAAGAAGCUGAGGCGGUCACAAACUGCGCUGGUUUGAGGGACGGGUGGUUCAGCGUCAUCGGCUUACUAAUGCUACAGAGCAACCACAGAGACCUGCAGCCAGCUCAGCCCCUCGGGCCUAACACUGCAGCGUGGAGCCGGUUCCAUUCACUUCCUGUAACCGCUGCUACCUCAUGUAACACCUACAGUCCUGUGGACACAAACGAACUGGAAACACAAGCUGGCACACACAUUUUGGAUGUCAAAGAAAACUCAUGGCUUCUUACAAACAUUUAAAUUUAACUACUUUUCAAUUUUAACUAUGCAAUACAGCCGUUAUUAAUUAUACUGACCACUGUUGUCUGUAAAUACUUGGCUGGUUGAUUAGAGGUGAAACAGAUUUAAUUAAAAAGUAGUCUGAUGAAAAAAAAAAAAAAACAGAUCAUGAAGACCAAUAGCAGAUCCCAGCCAAAACAAUGACUUGAUGCCUAAAACUGCACAAAAUAAACAUUAAUUUUACAUUACAGUUUA